AUGAAAAAGCCAACAAAAAGAUAUUUUUCUCCUGGCCAUUAACUUUCACCUUUCAAUAGGAAACAACCCAGAAAGUCCGAAACUUAUUUUUUUGUUGAUGAUGCUGUUUAGAAAAGAUAGGAACAGCUGAAAGCUUGGCCUCAGUCACACUCUGCCAACGCAUAGUAGACCACUUGUACCUACCGUCCAGCUAAGCUCAGUCAAUCGAAGAAGCUACAGAUUCUUGUCACCGGAUUUUAGCAAUAACACAUGGCAGAGGAAGAACCCAAGAAGGUUGAAACCGAAACUCCUUCACAGCCUCCGCCGCCUGCUCCCGAACCAGCCGACGCUCCUCCAGACGUUGCCGAGGAAAAAUCCGUAAUUCCACCUCCUCCUACUGAAGAAAAGCGUGCUGAGUCUACGGAACUCGCAGUCGUCGAAAAGGUGGCGGAAUCGACUGAGAAGAAAAGCACGGAGGGUUCUGUUAAUCGAGAUGCUGUGCUUGCUAGAGUUGCGACAGAGAAGCGAAUUUCACUAAUCAAAGCUUGGGAAGAGAGUGAAAAAAGCAAAGCUGAGAACAAAGCUCAGAAAAAGCUUUCUUCUAUUGCGGCUUGGGAGAAUAGCAAGAAAGCAGCUCUGGAGGCUGAGCUGAAAAAGAUUGAGGAAAAAUUAGAGAAGCAGAAGGCUGAGUACGUGGAAAAAGUGAAAAACAAGGUGGCCUUAAUCCACAAGGAAGCCGAAGAGAAGAAGGCAAUCGUUGAAGCAAAGCGUGGGGAAGAUCUUCUCAAGGCAGAGGAGUCCGCUGCAAAGUACCGUGCCACGGGAACUACUCCAAAGAAGAUCAUUGGUUGUUUUUGAGGAUAAAAUUCCUCAAAAAGUCUGGAUUAGAAAAUUGGGUCAUUUGUAUAUUUUCUUUUUAAGAGGUCAUUUGCCAAUUUUAAAUGUGUUUGUUUGAUUUUUAUGUUGAAGCAGUGGCCAUUGUUCAUUGUUCUGUAUGCAGUUGUAUGUAUUUUUAUAUGUGUGUAUAUAUACCAUUUGGUGAAAUUUACUUACUGAAUUUGUAAUAAAAAAAGGUUUGAUGUAAUAAUAUUGAGUCAUGAAGGUUAUGGAAUG